UGAUCCUUCAGGAUAUUCUCCGUGUUACUGAUAAUUUUGUGUUUCCGUAAUACUCUAACAAUAGCAGAAUCACCGGAUAGAGAAAUUUCAUCACAAAACAUAAAAGCAGUAUAUGACAGCGUUAUGACGGAUUACAACAAAAACAUACUGCCAUCUGAAUGUUUUAAGCCUUUCAUUAUUGAAAUAUGGAUAACUUUAACUGCUGUUGGCGAAAUAGAUGAAACAGAGGAAAAGCUAUCAACUGUUAUGCUGUUGACCUAUUCGUGGCAUGAUAAGAAUAUUAAAUGGGACCCCCAACAAACCAACGUAAUUUAUAUGGCAUUCGGCUGGACUGAUGUAUGGAAACCAGUGUUUCAAGUUACAAAUCCACAUGCUGAAAUCUCAGUCAGACAAUCAGAUGAGCGCUUGUAUGACACCGUGAUUUUCAUGUCUUCUGGGUGGGCAUUUUUUGAUGAAAUGAUUGUAACGAGAACAACUUGUGAUCUGGACAUGACCUUCUAUCCAUUUGACAUUCAUACUUGCAUCAUACAAUUUAGGAUUGUUGGACAUUCAAAGUUUCCAUUCUGUUUGAAUGCUACACUUGUGGAUGACAAUACAGCAAGUUCCGUCGCCGAACACAGAACAUGGUCACUUAUCCAUAAGGACAUAUACUCGUCUGGUGGUAGUUUUCAAAUUGAACUUAAAUUUGAGAGGCAUCCAUUAUUCAUUUUACUGAACAUUUUGAUGCCUAUCAUUGUGAUUGCUCUUCUUACACCAAUCGUAUUCAUCUUGCCAAUGAACUCAGGAGGAAGGGUUGGAUACGCCAUGACAAUGCUUCUUGCAUUAUCCGUAUAUAUGACUAUUGUUAGCGACCACCUGCCACAAAAAUCAGAACCUUUGCCAAUUAUUUUAGUUCUUAUGUUUAUGUGGUACACAAUGGAUGCUUCGAUCGUCUCCAUUGUAAUUAUAAACGCACGAAUUCAUGAAUUGAAAAAGGAAAAGCCGCUGCCAUAUAUGUUACGCCGGUUUGUUCACUUGACGUGCUUAAUCUCUCUUCAGAAGAGAAAACGCGAAGCAGAAGCUGGCUCUUCUGAAGAAACGCAUAAAUGUAUCGACAGAGGUGCUACUAAUAACAAAGGAGAAGCUAAUCAAGAUGAGGAAAUACAAGAACUAAACGAUGUUGACACAAACAAUGAAGAUUAUAGUAGUGAAACUUGGCAAGACCUGAGCAAGUGUAUCGACAAGUGGUGCUUUGUUUUAUUCUAUAUGUUAAAAGUUACAUGUCCUGUUGCAUUCUUUUCAUUUGUCAAAUCUAGCAGUACAAUAUAGACUUGAAUGACAUCUGUUUAAAACACUAACGUAAAUUGAAGAUAUCAGGUUCAUGUUUACUACUUACGUAUGAAUCGGCAAGUAUAAGGCAAAUGUAGCCUACGUCAGGAUUAAUUUAUAUAAACCACAUUCACUGUGUAUAUUGUACAGAUGUUACUUUUCAGUCCUGUCAACAAGAAGAUUCGUUGAUAUGAGCGAAGUGAAAUGAAUCUUGGGGGCACAGAAGGGAUCUAAAAAGCAACCAUUUCUUUCAAAAAUGAAUGCUGUUUUUCGUUCGUUUAAAUACGGGUAUAAACCACAUUAAGACAUUUUUGCAAAUGGCGCGAUCCUUGAUAAUUUUCAAGAAAUCCAAAUGUGGUUUAUGCCCAUAUUAACGUACAAGAAUAUUGAAUUCUUAUAUAUACAUGUGUACGGUAGCUUGCUACAAAAACAUAAGUGGUUUGCUUACCAUAAGUAUCAGAAAAUCAAAAUAAUGUUUGAUCUAAACAGAACUACCAUAUCAACCAGUCAACGUUCAGUUGUAAUACCUUCCAAUAAUCAUACAGUUCUUGAUGUUCAAUUAUUUGUUGAAAAUCAUUCAGCAGUGUCGGAUUAGUUUUGAUCUUCGUCGUCAGAAGGGUUUGUUUAAGCUAUAAUUAUAUGUUCGUUUUGAAUUUUUUAGUCAAAUUUUGAAAGAAUUUUUCAAACGACGUCACUUUGUUCAUGUUCUGUUGUGAAAGACGUAGGACUGUGCGUGCAAUCUCGCGGAUUUGUUUUUUGUUUAUUCAAAAAUAAACGUCUUUUUUUUCUUUCAAAAUAUAUGGUGAAUGUAAAUAUCUAUACUUAAAAUCAAUUCCCCGUGGGUUAUUUGCGGAUAGAAUGAUUAUAUCUAAACAAUUGCAGAGGACAGAAUGUUAUAUAUUUAUUGUAAUCAACGUUUUUGCAUAACAUAUUUAUGGCGUGUUAUGAUAUAACUGCUAUAUUGUGCGCAAGCAAAUUAGCGCAUGGGGACUUCUGAACAAUAUGACUCUUUAUCAAUUAUUGUGACUUUGUUUCGAUCAAUAGAUAUGACUUGAUAAUAAAAUGAAGAUAAUUUAAGUGCGUGAUUUAUUUUCUCGCUUAUUGAAAUGAAAUGACGCAAAUACUUAGUUCUACUGUAUAAUUUCUUUUCCAUGGUUGCUAUUUUAUUUGUGUGUAAGAGUUGCAUUUUUGUAUAAGAUAUUCACAUCACAUUAAUACAUCUGUAUUUAUAGAAGAAUGGCCAUGUUUUUCAGCCUACUAUAACAUUUGGUGUACAAAACUGUGGUGGUUACAUAAAAUAUAUACCAUUGCUCGGUUAGCGGCCGUGGCAGCAAUAGUUGUAUACAAAAAAAGGAGUUAUGUUGCUUUCUGGCUGGUUAGCGCGUCACUUUCUAGAUAGAUUACGUACGGCUUUCUGGCUUGAUCAGGUAUUGCUUUCAGGUUGGAUUACUCGGCACUUUCUAACAUGAUCACGUGGCGCUUUAUGGCUGGAUCACAAAUUGUUGUUUCUGUAGGUCUGCAGCAACAAACGUGCAGUUCUAAAACGUGUUGAAAAUCACAAUUUCAACGGAAUAUGGUAAAAUGCAAUUGCUUUUCUGUCCCUGUAUUUUCAAGGUGUUGUGUGUGUUGCAUAUAGCCGUCUAAUCAAUAUCUACGACAAAAGCUCGAACAGCAAACCGUGGGAACUUCGUCACAAAUCGGACACUGAUAAAAUUACAUCUUUGCAGAGACGCGCUAUAAAAAUAAUUACAAAAUCAAAGUGUAGCAACUUUGAUGAAGUAUUAAGAAAUUCAAAACUUCUAUCUUUUGAGAACAGGUGCAAAUACCAUAUUUCAUUAUUAGUGUACAAAAGUAAAACAGGAGAUUGUCCUAUAUACAUUUCAGAUUUACUUCAUUUUGUUCAUAAUGAUCAUUACAGUCUGCGAAAACAUGGACCUUUCUAUGUUAAACCUAAAACGAACUACCUGAAACAAACAUUUAGCUACAAAGCUGCACACAUAUGGAAUUCACUUCCUUCUUUCAUUAAACUUCAUAAUAAUAAUAUAACUGCUUUCAAGCAUGAUUUAAAGAAUUUUCUCUUGUUACAAUAGUUUUUAGCAAUUAAUUACUUGUAAUUACAUUUUGUUGAAUUGAUGUUACUGUAUUCGUUUCUAAUAAUAAAAAUAUUCAUAUUAUCUUAUUAUUCAAAUCUAGAACU